AUGGAUGACUACGACUACAUCAUCAUCGGCGCAGGAAUCGGCGGUCUUGUUUUGGCAAAUCGGCUAAGCCAAGACACCUCCAUUACGGUCCUCCUCAUUGAAGCUGGCGCCAAUCGAAUGGGGGAUCCUCGUAUCGAAACCCCUGGACUUUUGGCCACGAUGUAUGGCAGCCCGGACUUUGACUGGGAUUACAUGAGUGUUCCGCAGGUCCAUGUAAAAAACCGACAAAUCGGCCAGCCCCGUGGUCGUGUCGUCGGCGGCUCCUCCGCAUUGAAUUUCUCCGCGAUUGUAUACCCUACCGCAUCAAACUUCGAUGCAUGGCAGGUGCUGGGAAGUUAUGGAUGGGGCGCCGAGAAUAUGGCCCCCCAUCUCCGGAAAUUUCAAUCGUAUACUGCACCCAGUGAGGCUACAGCAGAACUACUUGGGACAGGCCGAUACAUGAAAGUUGAUAACCAAGGAUGCGAUGGCCCUGUCCCCGUAUCUCUUCCAGAUGUUUAUGGGCCGCUCAAUAAGGCUUGGAACGAGACAUUUGCGAAAUUGAGCUGGGAAACAGAUGCCGAUCCUCUUGAUGGCCAUAAACUGGGCGCUUUUACUUGUCCACUAAGUGUCGAUGUCAAGACGGGGGCAAGAGGAUAUGCAGCGGCAUUUUACUCCCCUGGGGUUGCGGCGCGGCCAAAUCUUCGACUCCUCGCAGAGACUGUGGUCGAGCGAAUCCUCUUCACCCAGCAAGAGGGAGAUGUUAUCGCUACAGGUGUGCAAGUCAAGACCCACGACAGCUCAUACGAGAUCAAGUCAAAGAAAGAAGUUAUUCUGUGUGCAGGGAGCCUGAACUCCCCUCAAUUGCUCGAGCUCUCGGGCAUCGGCAGUGCAGAUCUGCUCCAGACCCACGGCAUCCCCGUAGUCAUCGACAACCCCGCUGUAGGUGAGAACCUUCAAGACCACAGCAUCACGAGCAUUAACUUGGAGGUCGCCGAUGGCCAGGUCUCGGUUGAUAUCCUGCGCGAUCCAAACGUUGUCAAGGCACUCAUCAAGCUUUGCGAGGAGACGCAUGGAGGCCCUCUCGCAGGUAUGCCCCUCAGUAUCGCCUAUCUCCCGUUAGUGGAUGGAACCGGCGCUGUGCCGAAAGAAGAAAUCAACUCCUUGCUCUCCAAAUAUCUCGACAACGAUAAUCUGCCGACUAAUCUGCAAGCGCAGUAUUCUCACAUCCGCAAGAUACUCCUCCAAAGUGAAGACCCCUCCUUGCACUACAUCUUCCUCCCCACCCAGCUCCACAUGAACCCAGGUAAAACAACCCUUACCGACGUGCGGGCCAAAUCUCUCCCAGAGAACUACAUCUCCAUCAUGAUGCUGCACAGCCACCCCUUCUAA